UUCCAAGUCCCACCGGUCAAAGCAAAUAUUUUUGAACAAAGGCACUCCACGGUAGUCCUCCGAUCACCUAUUUCUCCCUCGUUAACUCCUUACUCCGAUGGCUCAGAAGGUUCUUAUCAUCGGUGGAACUGGCUACAUCGGAAAAUUCAUAGUACAAGCUAGCGCCAAAGCUGGUCAUCCUACCUAUGCAUUGAUCCGCAGGUCUUCCCUCGAAAGCCCCGCCAAGAAUCGAAUCCUCAAUCAUUUCAAAAGCUUAGGUGUCAAUUUCCUCUUCGGCGAUCUCUUUGACAAUGAGAGUUUGGUUAAGGCGAUUAAGCAGGUUGAUGUGGUGAUAUCAACCCUUGGUGGCCAUAUGGUUCCCCAUCAACAUAAGAUCCUAUCUGCUAUCAAGCAAGCUGGCAAUGUGAAGAGAUUCUUUCCUUCUGAGUUCGGUAAUGACGCGGAUCAUAUCGAUGCAGUGGAGCCAGCGAAAUCGAUGUAUUCUGCAAAGGCUGAAUUUCGUAGGGCUGUUGAAGCUGAGGGAAUCCCACAUACAUUUGUGGUAUGCAAUUUUUUCGAUGGUUACUUUCUUAGCAACUUGUCUCAGCCGGAUGCAAGCGUCCCACCUAGAGACAAAGUCGUUAUCUUAGGAGAUGGAACUCCCAAAGUCAUUUACAACAAGGAAGAAGACGUUGGAACGUACACAAUCCGAGCGAUAGAUGAUCCAAGAACCCUCAACAAAAUCAUGUACCUUAGGCCUCCAGCCAACAUCUACUCAACCAAUGAUCUCGUGUCUCUUUGGGAGAGAAAAAUUGGCAAGAGUCUUAAAAGAAUCUAUGUACCAGAGGAGGAAGUAUUGAAGAAAAUCCGAGAGACUUCAUAUCCACUUAAUAUAGAGUUGGCACUAUGUCACACUGCUCAAGUGAAGGGAUCUCAAACUAAUUUUGAUAUCGAACCAUCUUUUGGAGUUGAAGCUUCAGCAUUGUACCCAGAUGUUCGAUAUACAACUGUGGAAGAAUACCUUGACCAGUUUGUCUAAAGAAAAGUCUUCCUUUUUUUCUUUUUACUUUUGUCAUUUUGGCAUAAUGGGUGUAACUCUUAAGCAGUUGGGUGUUAUGUAUUCAUGUAUAAUAAGGAAAUGCUCUUAUUUGAAAAUAGAGGUUCUUAUAGAUGGCCUCAACCAACCAAUAAUUCAAAGUUUUGGAUGAGAGUUUGAAGAAAAGUCAAUUUUGGUUGUUCUUUUUCUACAA